AUGGAUUACUUCAGCGAUCUUUUCGACUAUCAUUUGCCAAGCAAUUUAAGUGAACAUCAAGAAGACGAACAUGCGGAUGAGAUGACAGAUAAUAUCAAAGUUGACGAUAGAUGUGAAUUUGAAACUGAUAUGGUGUUCAAAUCACGACAAUCGUUGAUCGAUUGGGUUCAACAAACUGGACGCAAAUUGGGAUAUAUCAUCGUCAUUUAUAGAUCAGAUAUUGGUGGGCUCGGGAGGAAAAUGAAGCACGAAGAUGAUUGGAUGGUGGAGGUGAUGUGUGCGGAGCAUAAUCAUGAUCCAGCAUCAUAUAUGGAGGGACAUCCAUAUCCCGAUCGGCUUUUUGAAGUUGAAAUUCAAAUUAUGGUUGACAUGUCUGCGCGAAAUGUCAAGUCACGGGACAUAUUGACGGAGUUAAAAAAGCGUGAUCCAAACAACGUGAGCACCAUCAGAACUAUACACAAUGCACUCAAGAAGCACAAGACUACUGAGAGAUCGGGUCAAUCACAAAUGCAAUCUGUGUUCUCAUUCCUCAAUGACCAUGAAUACCUUUUCGAUUAUCAGGCAAACCAUACAACCAAUGAGCUUGAAGAUUUAUUCUUUGCACAUCCUGGCUCACUAGAUCGAUUGCGUGCAUUCCCGAACGUGUUGUUGAUAGAUACGACAUAUUAG